AUGUCUUUCAAAACUACCAAUUCACCCGAUGAUGCGACUGUGAUCCGAGAGAUCGUCCCUGGUGUCACCACAGUCUCGGUUCCCUUCCUGCGAUUCGGACGUAUAAAAUUCGGUGGGCGAGCAACAAUUGUCAAACUCCGCACCGGCACCCUCGCCGUCUUCUCCCCUACACCCCUCACCCCCCUCCUCAAAACCACCAUCUCCUCCCUCUCCACAUCCCCAACCCCCGUGUCCUACCUCAUCGCCCCCGACAUCGAGCACCACAUGAACCUCUCCACCUGGCACGCCGCCUUCCCUUCCUCGCACGUCAUCGGUCCCGAAGGCCUCCCCGAAAAACGCGCCCAGCUACACACAAAGGACAAAUCCAUCACCCUCGUCCCCUUCAGCACGAUCUUCACCGCCAAAGGAAAAGAAAAAGAGCCCAUCACCAUCUCGCCCGACUUCGACGCCGAGUUCUCCUACGAAUACAUGCCCUCGCACCCCAACAAGGAAAUAGUCUUCUUCCACAAACCCUCCAAGACGCUCAUCGAGGCGGACUUGCUGUUCAACCUGCCCGCUACAGAGCAAUACAGCAAGAGUGGGGAGGAUGCCACCUCGGGGUGGGCGACCAGGUUGUUUGGGGCGCUGCAGAAUACGCGCGGGGAGGCGGUCUGGCAGAGGAGGAUGCUGUGGUAUGUUUUUAGUAAGGGGGAUAGGGAGGGGUUUAAUGCGAGUGUGAGGAGGAUUCAGGGCUGGGGGUUUGAGAAUUUGGUGCCGUGUCAUGGGGAUAGUUUUGUGGGCGAUGGGAAGGGGGUUUGGGAGAAGGUUAUGCAGUGA